AUGGGGCCCCUGUGUCCUUGCCCAAAGUCAAAAAAGCCUAUGGAAAAGGACCUGUUAAUGCGUUUCACACAGGGGCGGACUGACAACUCAUGGGGCCCCCGGGCAAUAGGGGAUCAUGGGGCCCCUGUGUCCUUGCCCAAACUCAAAAAAGCCUAUGAAAAAGGUACCAGGGGCAUCUCAUGGGUCCCCCUACUGACCCCGGUCCCUCGGGCAGUGCCCGAGUUUCCAAAAGGUCAGUCCGCCCCUGGUUUCACAUGAUCUCGUGCUUAAUCAUGGUUAUGAUUCAGUAUGAAAAGUGUAAACCUCCUGCGCUACUA